UGCAUCGGACUGGCAGCUGAACAUCGGUCCAAGCCGUGACGUGAAUCUUUUCCACUCAAGGAGCUCAAGCAGACACACACACACACACACACACACCCCUCCCCUCCACAACACCCCUUCUCCUCCUCCUGCUUCCCUCUGUGGCUUCUCCUCCGAGCUCCAUGAGUUUGAUGGAAAAUUGUUCCUGGCUUCUUUGCGGACUUUAACUGGCAGUAGUUACAGACAUCAUGCGUCCCAGCGGUUUGCCCUGCACUUUGAUCUGCGCUCAUUUCUUAAUGCACUAGAACUUGUCUGCGUCUCGUCAGAAGGGAGCGAACUUAGCGCAGGUGAGAGCUGGUGGCUUAAAUCGCCGAAGAAGAAGAAGUUGCUGAACGCGGAUUUUGUUUGAACGCAGACAGCAACCACCUUGCGCUCAUUUGACUGUUGGAUUUGGAUCGAGAGCGGUUUAAAUGUCACCGGGCAGCGCAGCUCUUGUAAUAGUAGGAACAAAAGCGACCAUCAUGUUGUCUCUGGUAAAUAAACAUUUCUUACAAAUAACCUCUUUAAUGUAUUAGACAAAGUUUCCGCGUGAAUCUUUUGCGCUGCAACAGCCGGAGCAGGUGUGUGUGUGUGUGUGUUUGUUUGUAUGUGUGUGUGUGUGUGCGCGCGCGGCGUCCAGCGGACAACACAAGUGGGACGAAAUAAGGAUUUGUUACUGUAGCACGACGGGAUACAAACACAGAACGUUUCUUCUCCUCUGGAGGAGAACCUGAAAAAAGUUUCAGGUUUUGUGUUCGCGGAAGAAGAAAGGAGAUGACACCCAACGCUCUCCUCCUGCUCUUCAUUCUCUCUCUCACAAGCAGCAGGGCAGAGAAUGCUGAGGAGCGGCUGGUGAACUACCUGUUGGGUCCAGAGCGCUACAAUAAACUGAUCAGACCAGCUGUCAAUAAGAGUCAGCAGGUCACCAUCUCCAUACAGGUGUCUCUGUCUCAGCUCAUCAGUGUAAAUGAGAGAGAGCAGAUAAUGACGACCAACUUAUGGCUGUUUCAGGAAUGGAAUGACUACAGGCUGAGAUGGGACCCAGAAAAGUAUGAAGGCAUCAAGAAACUACGAAUACCAUCCAAACACAUCUGGCUUCCUGACAUAGUGCUCUACAACAAUGCUGAUGGUGUCUAUGAGGUUUCCUUCUAUUGCAACGCUGUAGUCUCCAACACAGGGGACAUUUUUUGGCUCCCCCCAGCAAUCUACAAGUCAGCCUGUGCCAUUGAGGUGCAGAACUUCCCCUUUGACCAGCAGAACUGCACACUCAAGUUCCGCUCCUGGACCUAUGACCAUACAGAGGUGGACCUAAUCCUUACCAGCGACUUUGCCAGUCGCGAUGACUUCACACCCAGUGGAGAGUGGGACAUCGUGUCACUCCCAGCACGCAAAAACGAAGACCCCAAUGACAUCACCUACCUGGAUAUCACCUACGAUUUUGUGAUCAAGAGGAAGCCGCUUUUUUAUACCAUUAACCUGAUCAUUCCGUGUGUUCUGAUCACGUCACUGGCCAUCCUGGUUUUCUACCUGCCGUCUGACUGUGGGGAGAAGAUGACGCUGUGUAUCUCAGUGCUGCUGGCCCUCACUGUGUUCCUGCUGCUGAUAUCAAAGAUAGUGCCACCCACAUCUCUUGCAGUGCCACUCAUCGGUAAAUACCUGAUGUUCACAAUGGUUCUGGUCACUUUCUCCAUUGUAAGCACUGUCUGCGUCCUCAAUGUGCACCACCGCUCCCCGUCCACCCACCACAUGCCUGACUGGGUCAAACGCCUCUUCUUAGUCCAACUGCCCACCUUCCUCCUCAUGAGGCGCCCGGGCUCUUCCAACGUCCGAGAUAAACUCCGCCGGAAGUAUGCCAACCAGAGUACUGUCGGGAAAAACAGUUCCCAGAGCUACACAGACAAGAGGCAGUACUCCAACAUCAGGCUUGGUGGGAUACGAACAGACACUGACUCCUUCUAUGUGAAUGAGGACUUGGCCCACAAGUUUUGCUGGAAGGUGGGCGAUAUCCCAGAUGGGGGUGGUGGAUUUUCGGACUUCCGGAGGCCUUUGGCUGUUCAGUGGGAUGCAGAUCUGGAGGAAGCAGUGGAUGGAGUGAGAUACAUCGCUGAACAUAUGAAGACAGAAGACGAUGAUGAAGGGAUCAUAGAAGACUGGAAAUAUGUGGCCAUGGUGAUAGACCGUCUGUUCUUGUGGAUCUUCAUCCUGGUGUGUGUGGUGGGAACACUGGGGCUCUUCAUGCAGCCGCUGUUUCAAAGCUAUAACACACCCACUGCUGAUGACGCUGACAUGCUAAUCAACUAGCCCUGGCCAGCUCACUGUGGCAUCAGGCCUGACCUGGAGAAGAAGCGCUGUUCAGAGGGUGUACUCUAACAUCUUGUAUUGUUAAUGUAAUGAUGACUGAAGCCUUGAACAAUUCUCUUCAUUUCAAACAAAACCAACUGGAUGAAACAUCAAACUUGAUAUCCCUGGACCUAUCUACUGUAAAGCCAGGUGUUAAGUCAAUCAGUUUUAAUGA